AGCGGCGGCGGGGAAACGCAGAACCAGCGGGAGGCGAGCCAGGACACGCAGUGGCAGCGGUUUACGGAGCGGCUGGCGGCGGCGAACACGUCGGUGCUGUCGACGAUCAGCCUCAACAACAUGCUGCCGGACUGGUCGAUUGGGCUGCCGGAGUGGAUUACGCGGCUGCAGCGCGAGCUGAAUAUGGAGCCCGGGUCGAUGGCGGAUACGAUCUGGACUGAGGCGUGUGAUACGAGUGCCAACCCCGAGGUGGCGUGGGAUGCCAGGGUCCGCAUUAGUCCUGACCUGUGUGAUGAGGAGAAAUCGUUUCUAAGGAAGAGACGCGAGUUCACCCGCAGGGCCCUGGCGAAGUAUUUGGACCUGCCGGAGAAUGAGGUGCAUAUGGAUGAUGUCCCCGUGAUUGCGACGACCGGGUCCGGCGGCGGGCUCAGAGCUAUGGUGGCCGGCGCUGGAUACUACCAGGCGCUGCAUGAGGUGGGACUGUUUGAUUGUACUACGUAUACGGCGGGAGUCUCCGGUAGCUGCUGGCUGCAGUCCGUGUACCUCUCGUCGAUCGGGCAGCAGUCGUUCACGAGGGUCAUCGAUCACUUCAAGCAGAGGAUCGGUGUGCAUAUUGCGUAUCCGCCCACGGCCCUGGAGUUGAUCGAUACCCCGCCGACGAACAAAUAUCUCCUUAGGGGUGUGGUUGAGAAGCUGAAGGUUGGUCACUCGUCGUUUGGGCUUGUAGAUCUAUACGGACUGCUGCUUGGAGCACGGCUGCUGGUACCGAGUAGUGUGAAGGGGAGUGGAGGGAGCAGUGAAGGGGAAGGGGAACUGCCGGCGUCGUUGGACAAUGACGAUCUCAAGUUGAGUCGGCAACGGAGGUUUCUAGAGGAUGGGCAGAGUCCGCUACCGAUCUACACUGCGGUUCGCCACGAGAUCCCAGGUGAGGGAAACGAGACCGAGAACAAGAACAUAGAUAUGGAGAAGGCACGCGAAGAGGAAAAGAAGCAGAAUGAUUGGUUCCAGUGGUUUGAGGUGACGCCGUUUGAGGUUUACUCCGAGGACCUCGAGGCUGGAAUUCCCACCUGGGGCCUGGGCCGGCGGUACGAGAACGGCGUCAACAUUGACCGCAAAGUGCCCGAGAUGAAAGUUCCGCUUCUAUUCGGCAUCUUCGGCAGUGCGUUCUGUGCCACACUCGGCCACUACUACGCCGAGAUACGACCAUUCCUCACGUCCAUCAGCAUGCUGAAGAUGUUGGACGACAUGGUGCUGCAAAGAAGCGACGACCUGGUCAAAGUCCACCCAUUCGAUCCCGCCGCCGUCCCCAACUUUGCCAAGGGUCUGAAGGACAAGCUUCCGCCGACGUGUCCCGAGAGCCUUCACGAGUCGGAGGUGAUCCAACUGAUGGAUGCGGGCAUGUCCAACAACCUCGCGUGCUACCCACUGAUGCGGAAGGGGCGCAACGUCGACAUCAUGAUCGCCUUCGACUCGUCCGCGGACAUCCAAGUAGCGAACUGGAUCGGGUACGUCGAGGGGUACGCGAAGCAGCGUAAGAUCCAGGGCUGGCCGGUCGCGAUCGGCUGGCCGCGCACCGACGACCCUAAGAGGGUGGAGCAGGAGCUCGAAGCCGCGCAGGCGUCGUCCGCGGCAGAGGCUAAAGAAAAGCUUGAACACGCACAGAAUCAGGACCGCGAGGCGAAGCAGGCCGAGGGCGCAGAGCUCGCAAAGCAGAAUAAGAACACCCUCGGCCCGUGCACUAUCUGGGUCGGCAGCAUGGAGACCCGCGAGUCCGAGGAUGAGCCGCCAAGAAGCAAGGUCGUCGAGGAGGAGUGGGAUCUUAUGGGGCCCGAUGCCGGCAUCGUGGUGGCGUAUCUGCCGCUCAUCAGCCAUACAGAUGUUCCCGGCGUAGAUCCGGAAACUUCGGCUUACCUGUCUACAUGGAACUUUGAGUGGACACCCGAGCAAAUCGACAACGUCGUAACACUGGCGAAGACGAACUUCAACGAGGGCGCGGACCGGCUCAAGCGCACUGUGCGCGCCGUCUACGAGCGCAAGAAGAAGCUGCGGCUCGAGAGGGAGCAUAGCGACGACGAGCUGCGCCACGGCGAGAAUGAGAGGAGGGGGGGGGCGGAUCAGUUUUCCUGAAGCCGCGCGAGAGAGAGAGAGAGAGAGAGAGAGACAGGGAGGGAGGAAGGGAGAGGGAAGGCGGGAGGGAGCGCGGGGAGGCAUGUCCGGGUGGUGUGGUCUG